AUGGCAAUGCAAGCAGCGAAGGGGGAGAACAUUCGACUUCCACUUGAAGUAAACUGGGCUUUAUAUAUAAGAAAUUCACCAUACAAAAUCACAGCUGAAGAAAUAUAUGACUUAUUUGGGAAAUAUGGUCCUAUUCAUCAAACCCAAGUGGGAAACACACCCAAAACUAGAGGGACAGCUUAUGUGGUCUAUGGAGGUACAUUUGAUGCCAAGAAUGCAUGUGAUAACCCUUCAGGAUUCAAUGUUUAUAACAGAUACCUGGUGGUCUUGUACUAUAAUGCCAACAGGACAUUUCAGAAGAUGAACACACAAAAAAAGGAAGAGCAGCUGAAGAUUCUCAAGGAGAAAUAUGGUAUCAACACAGAUCAACCAAAAUAA